AUGGACAGAACCAAGGUAUGUAUUGAUCGAACAAGGGACCAAGGCAAGCACCAGGACCAGGAAUCCAACAAGUCCUGGAGGGAUGCAUUGACCAGUCUAGGUGAGGUAUGCAGUCAUGUUGCAGUCCUCUUGUUCGAGGUUGAUUCAGCUGUCCGUGCUGGUCUUACAUCAACAGCAUGCACAAGAGAAGCUUGCAAGUGGAAUGCAUUUUACAGAAAAGAGCUCAAUCCAAUACCAAUCAGUGAUAUUGAUGACAUUUCAACGACACCAGCAACAGGGAAAGCUCCGCUAGCAGACAGGAAUACCCUCCAAUCACUACGAGAUGUUUGCCCGAACGCGGUUUUCUUCACAGUCAUUCUUUCUCUGGAUGAGGAAGAAACAGACACAGCAGAGGAAGAAGAAGAAACGAGGUCCUUCCCACCAACCAUCACAAGUCUUAUAUCUGAGGACGAUAUCACAGAGGAUAACAUCACAUCUGUUUGCGAGAAACAGUGGCGUUCCUACAAAUGUACCAAGGAACAAAUUAUUAACCUUGAAAAUGUGACAAAAUAUCAAGCUGUAAGCCCCAUUUGCUCCGAACACGGGAAAGGUCGAAUAACAGGAGCCAAGGCUCAUGAGAUCUUAGUCAUGAAGGCAACAACUGACCCAAAGAAUAAUAUCAUGAAGGUAAUGGGAUACAACAGUUGGGAUAUUUCAAAGAAGGCUGCAGUGGCAUGGGGCACAGAUAACGAGGCACGUGCCAGAAAUCUUUAUUCAAAACAAGCGGCGAAGAGUCAUUUCAACUUUGACUGCCCAACAAUUAGUUAGUUGUUAGUCUUGUCAAACCAGACCCUACAUGGCAGUUUCCUAUGAUGGAAUGGUUUCAUGUACAUGUUGUGGGAAAGGAUGUGUGUAGGUGAAAUAUCCCUACAAACACAGUGUUCUGUACUAGCCA